GUUGUCAUGUGACAUUUCAAAUUUGUUUUCCCUUUGAAAAUUCUACGUGUGGAGACACAAGUUGCACUGUGUUAGUCCUCCAUGCCUAUCAUAGAGCCUCAUUCACGAUUCACCAUCACCUUUUCACAUCUACACCGCAAACAAACCAGAAAAAUAAGAAAAUUCAACUUGAAAACCCCAUCAUAUUCCACGAAACUUCUACUAUAGCAAUUUCACAAUCUCUCCAUUGAUGAUGCAGUGUUGUAUUAAUCCAAUCUCUUUUUAACUACCAUUAACACACCCACCUUUUUUCUGAGAAAAAACACACUCUCUUGUUCACUACACCACCUUUCAUAAAUAUCUUCGGUGAGUUAGAAGCAAACUUAGACUCUGGCAGUUGGGUGCAUCAUUAAUGCACUAUCCAUUCUCUUCACGCCCAUUUAAUGUUUAGUUACAGACUUAACCUCAAUUCCAAAACCACAACCCCUUUUGGUCAUGUAAACUCACAACAACAGUUCACACACACAACCUUAAACAUGCCAAAGCCUUUGUUUCAUCAUCAACGUCCUUGCGAGCAAAUAAAAAAACAGGGACAUUCCCCCAAAUCCAAACAUUAAUGGAUGCAUUUUGUGGAUUGUGUUGGAAUUCAGAAGAUGCAGGAGAAGAACAACACCAUGUGCAGGGGUAAACAAAAGUGAAGUCAAGUGAAAUAGAGUUUACCACUUAUCGCGCGUGAUCAAGGAUUGUUCCAGCUUAAUUAGUAAUAUUAACUGCAAUUGCGUUAGAUAUUUGGUGGCUCGAAUAGAAUUGUCUUGUGAGAUUUGUGGUGUAUACUUGAAAAAGUGAAGUUGAGUUUGUGAGUGGUUUUAGCAUCAUGGGAAUGGGAGGAAUUGCAUUAUGUGUGGCUACAACGUUGUUGUUAAUGGUUGGGUUAACAAUGGGAAUGGGUUUGAGUUCAAGAACUGAAUGGUUUGCGUUAAGGGAACUUCGGUCGUCGUUGGGGAUUAAGGCAAAGUAUUGGCCUAUAAAAGCCGAACCGUGCCGGAACUGGACCGGGGUUCAUUGCCGGAACGGUCGAGUUGUGGGUAUAAACGUGUCAGGUUUGAGGAGAACCAGGUUGGGUAGACUUAACCCAAAUUUUGAAGUGGGUUCUCUUGUGAAUUUGACACUGUUGGAAUCGUUUAAUGCUUCUAGUUUUACGCUUAAUGGGUCUAUUCCUGAGCUGUUUGGUGAGAGCCUUGGUGUGUUGCAGGUGCUUGACCUUAGUUUUUGUUCUAUAACGGGUUUGAUUCCUGAUUCAAUUGGGAGGUUGAGUGUGUUGAGGGUUUUGUUGCUUUCAGGGAAUUUGCUCACUGGUAAAAUGCCUUUAACGCUUGGGAACCUCACAGGGCUUUCUGUUCUUAAUCUCUCUGGAAACUCUCUUUCAGGGUCCGUGCCAGACUCUGUGUCUAAACUUGUGAACCUCACAAGGCUUGAUCUUUCUAAUAAUUACUUGUCUGGGUUUGUUCCACCUGAACUGGGUGCCCUUUUGAGUCUUCAAAAAUUAUACCUUUCUGGGAAUUCUUUUACUGGGUCGGUUCCCUCCCAACUUGGUAACCUUUCUAAGUUGGUUGAGGUUGAUCUUAGUGUAAAUUUUCUGUCAGGGUUGUUGCCUGGUAGUUUGCUUUCUUCUGAGCUUGUGGCCCUUGAGGUUCUCAUUCUCAGAGGGAAUUCCUUUGAUGGUGCUCUUCCUGAUAAUUUGAGGUCAAUGCCCAGGUUGCAGUUUCUUGAUGUGUCCUCUAACAACCUCACUGGGAUGCUGCCGAAUUUCCUGAGUUGGAAUGUUAGUUCUGCUGGUGCUGUGUUUAAUCUGUCAAAUAAUUUGUUCUAUGGACAUUUGAAUACUUCACUUGACAGGUUUCAAGCAAUUGAUUUAUCAAGUAAUUAUUUGGAAGGUGAAGUGCAGGAUGGUGUUAGUAGUGUUAGUCUAGAUAGAAAUUGCCUACAGAUGAUUCCAAACCAAAGGGAUUUGGAAGAGUGUAUAGAGUUUUAUGUUAGGAGAAAUUUAACCUUUGCUUUACCAAAAUCCAAGUCCGGGAGCCGCAGACGAGUGAUAUUCAUACUGGUAGGAAUAUUUGGUGGGGUUGGCUUCAUUGUGCUGCUGACAUUGGUCCUCAUGGUGGUUCUGAAACAUUGUCACAAAGGUAAAAGCCUGGAAGUUCAAAAGGGGAUUAAAGAUGGGGGUCCUGUUCAAGAAGGGGAAAGUCCUAUACCUCCUCCUACGGAUAUUUAUUUUGUGACUGGUGUGGGAGAAGCAUUUAGUUUUGAGCAAAUGCUACAUUUGACUGGCAAUUUUGCUGAAGCAAAUGUCAUAAAGCAUGGUCAUUCUGGGGACCUAUUCUUGGGAGUCUUGGAAAGUGGAGCAACUGUGGUUGUCAGAAGGGUAGACUUGAGUUUAUUUAAGAGAGAAUCUUAUGUUGUGGAAUUGAGACUAUUAAGCAAGGUUUCACAUGCAAGAUUGGUCCCAAUCCUGGGUCACUGCUUGGAGAACGAGAAUGAGAAAUGUAUAGUUUACAAGUACAUGCCGAAUAGAGAUUUGGCUACUUCCUUGCACAGAGUCAAUGGCUCAGAUGGUAAAUUACAGUCCCUGGAUUGGAUCACGAGAUUGAAAAUUGCAAUAGGAGCUGCUGAAGGCCUAGCUUACUUGCAUGAGUGCAGCCCUCCCCUUGUCCACAGAGAUAUCCAAGCUAGCAGUAUACUUCUUGAUGAUAAAUUUGAAGUGCGACUUGGAAGUUUGAGUGAGGUUACUGCCCAAGGAGAUCUUCAACAAAGAGUCAUCUCAAGGGUUUUCGGCAAGCCACCAGCUUCUAAUCAAGGCGAUUCUGGUAAAUCACCAGUGACAUGUGCCUACGAUGUUUACUGUUUUGGGAAGAUUUUACUCGAGCUUGUUACGGGUAACAUCGAAGUCAGCAAGUCAGAUGAUGCCACCACAAAAGAUUGGUUAGAGCAAACCUUGCCUUACAUCAGUAUAUACGAUAGAGAUCGGCUGAGUAAGAUUGUUGAUCCAUCGUUGAUCUUGGAUGAGGACCUACUGGAAGAGGUAUGGGCUAUGGCAAUUGUGGCCCAUGCAUGCUUGAAUCCCAAGCCUUCCAAACGUCCUCCAAUGAGACAUGUCCUGAAAGCAUUGGAAAAUCCAUUGAAGAUUGUGAGAGAAGAAAAUCCUAGCUCAGUAAAGUUGAGAACAAACUCAUCUAGGAAAUCUUGGAGCACUGCAUUCUUUGGUAGCUGGAGACACAGCUCAUCAGACAGUGUUGUUGCCACAUCAAAUACAAACAAGGAGGGUAGUAGUGACACUAAAAAAUCAGGAAAAGUAGGUUCUCAAAGUAGUGGAAAUGAUCAUUCAUCUUCCAAUAAAAGGUCAUCCAAUGAAAUUUUCCCUGAACCAUUGGAAAUACAAGAUGUGGAGACUGGAGAGGCAAGAUAAGCAAGCACUUGUGAAAUGGAUUUGGUUAUUCAUUAGUCUGUUGAGGUUUUUCACCCCAGCAUCCAUUAUGGUCCGUGUUGAAGCAAUGGAAAACCUUAAUACUGCAUUCUAGGGAUAGCCUUUGCUUUCUAAAGCUCAGAUUCAGCAGUACAUAUUGAAAUGAAUUUUUUAUUCAUUCAAUAGAUUUGUUUGAAACACAGCCCUCCCUUGAGUAAAAAAAUGCGUGACAUUGUAAAAUAAUGAGAGGGUUUCAUUUUUAUGAGGAAUUGGAAGUGGGAAAAACGUUGUAUUACUCGACCUUUUCUUUGGUAGGUUAUAUGCAUUUAGCGUCGUAAAUCUUCUUGAGCUCUGUGGCAUAUACCCUAAUUUUCAAGUGUUGAAAGUUCAACUUUUUGCGCUUAAGGAAAAACAAUUGUUGGUUAACUUCAUUGGAUAGUUCUGUAGGGCGUGUCAAUAGUUACUACUAGAUUGCUUAGGAAGGAAGUCGUGUGCAACUAGAGGUUCUCCAUGUAAGUUCAUGAUGGAUUAUGGAAACCCAACAUUUACAAUGCAAUAAAUUCUUCUUCUUCUUUUUUUUAAAGAUUCAUCAUUCUACACAAGUUUUCAUCAUAUCUACCAUGUUUCUCAGCACAAAGUUAUCGCUAUUAUAAUAUGUGAAAGGAUUCAAGUUAAAUAUCACAAAGGAAACAAACAUCACCCCCUUCGACCAUGUCAAUGUCACAAGCAAGGAUAUUGAAUUAUUGAUCCAUAUCGUGACUUCAUGCAUUUUGUGCUGUUUAUUUUUAAUCGAACAAACAGCACGCUGUAAAAUUUUGUUAUAGCAAAGGAAUAACGUACAUCUAACACUCA